AAUGGACGAUUCUCCUUCCAUUUCGCGAAAAACCCGUUUUGCAUUAACCACAGUUGUCUUCUUCGGCAUUGUUCUUUUCAGUAAACGCACGCUUGAGCCCUCCAUUUCCGUUUACCAGGAAUCUUUUUCGCUCACCACAUCUCACAUUCACUCUUUAGUCUGGAGAUGUGUUUUUGCCAAUAGUAAAGGAAACAAAAAGAUCCGAUGCAAUCUCCCUUAACCAAAUCCAAAUCCAAAUGGACGAUUCUCCUUCCAUUUCGCGAAAAACCCGUUUUGCAUUAACCACAGUUGUCUUCAUUGCAUUGUUCUUCUUCAGCAUUGUUCUUUUCAGUAAACGCACGCUUGAGCCCUCCAUUUCCGUUUACCAGGAAUCUUUUUCGCUCACCACAUCUCACAUUCACUCUUUAGUUCCCCCUUUUCCCGACCCACCACCGCCAUCUCCGCCGCGACCGGCUGGCUCAGAGCCACUGAACUUAUCAACCCACCAAGACCCCAUCCCUUCAAUUUCUCAAACUGUUAAGCUUGACUCUUCUUCAAAUGCCACAAGCGUGGACGAUCCGUUCUCUGCCCCAAAGAGGCAGAAACCACCUGCUGGUAAUGGAGCUGCUCCAGAGAAACGGAACCCACCGCCGCCAAAUAACGGAGUUGUUCGCAAGGGUGAAGUGAAGAAGAGGAAAACCUGUGAUCUUUACACUGGGACUUGGGUGAGAGACGAAGAGUACCCAAUUUACAAACCGGGUUCUUGCCCUUACGUUGACGAUGCUUUUGACUGUCAUGGCAAUGGAAGGAAAGAUUAUGAUUAUUUGAGAUGGCGGUGGAAGCCUGAUGGCUGUGAUCUUCCAAGGUUUAAUGCUACGGACUUCUUGGAGAGACUAAGAGGUAAAAGACUGAUGCUGGUUGGAGACUCAAUGAACCGCAAUCAGUUUGAGUCAAUGUUAUGCCUCCUCUACAAAGGCCUUACCGAUAAGAGCAAAAUGUACGAGGUCAAUGGCAACAAAGUAUCAAAAGGAAGAGGGUACUUUUUAUUCAAAAUCAAGCAGGACUAUAACUGUACAGUGGAAUUUGUAAGGUCUCAUUUUCUUGUACGACAAGGUUCUCGCACUCUAUCGUUAGAUUUGAUUGAUAAGUCAUCUCGUAAAUGGAAGCGAGCUGAUAUUCUCAUUUUCAAUACCGCCCAUUGGUGGGUUCAUGGAAAGACUGCCCGAGGGAGAAAUUACUACAAAGAAGGUGAUUAUGUUUAUCCGAAAUUUGAUGCUACGGAAGCUUAUCAAAGAGCUUUGAAGACCUGGGCAAAAUGGAUCGAUGACAAUAUUAAACCCACAAAACAAUUGGUCUUCUUUCGUGGAUACUCUUCUGCUCAUUUCAGAGGUGGAGAUUGGAACUCAGGGGGAACUUGUCAUGGGGAAACCGAACCAAUUUUGAAGAGAGGUGCCUUUCUCGAAACCUAUCCUCCGAAAAUGAAAAUAGUGGAAGAAGUGAUUCGGGAAAUGAAGUUGCCCGUGGCACUUUUAAACAUAACAAGAUUGACUAACUCUCGAAAGGAUGGCCAUCCGUCAAUCUACCGCAAGGGAUUAACAGAAGGGAAAAAAGUUUCUUCAAGGCAUCAAGAUUGCAGCCAUUGGUGUCUUCCCGGAGUUCCCGAUACCUGGAAUGAGCUAAUCUAUGCCAAUCUGUUUUUCAACGAACAAUUUUCAAGAGGUAAAAAUUAACUUCCAACAUCUAGAUUGGAGCUUUUUUAUUAAGCAAAAACGAGACAAUUAAGUAAUUGUUGUAACACAGUAAUCAGUUCAUGUUGGUAAAAAUAUCAUGGAAGCCCCUGCUAAGAGUAAAAUUGUAUUUUGCUCCCUUUACUAAAAAAAUGGGUUAAUUUGUCCUUGUACAUUAGAUCAAGGAACAUAUUGGUCUUUUUUGUUAAAAAUUUCAUCUAUUCCUACUGUUAAAAGCCGGCGUGAUUGAUGGAGUAAUUAGACAGCUAUACAUGGCAUUCUAUGUAUACCUCAUGCUGGCAUACAUGGACUAGUUUUUAAUAGUAAAAAUGGAUAGAAUUUUUAACAAAAUGAUCAAUUUGCUUUUUGAUACAAGGACUCAUUUGUCUAUUUUUGGAGUAGAGGAGGUAAAGUGCAAUCCGCUUACUAAUACAAGAGUUUUCAUGAUACUUUUACCAUUCAUGUUCAAUCACUGUUUGCAACAGGAUAAACUUGGCACCAGUCUAGGAAGGACAAUGAACAAAUAUACAAUACCCAUUUCCGGAAAUGGAACUGAUGGGUAAUAUGGAAACUUUGUCCAGUUCGAUAACCUGGGAAUAGAGGUAGUUACCGGAAUUUCAAACGAGUUGCUCAUGUUUUCCAUAGGAAGUGGUUGAGUGAAGAAAAAUCCAUGCAUGAUUGUCAAACACACAUAAUUAGCCAGGUACAAAACCACAAGAGUAAUAUGAACACUUGUCAAAUUUCUGUUCAAAAUUCAAAUAGUUGUAGCCAAUUCCAUGUACCAUCUUUUAGUUGUAACAAUCAAACCUUAUCUUUGAAUGGAAAGCACAUUUCACAUCAUUCAUUA